CUGUAACUCCUAAGAUCCAGCUAACUUUCUUAACUAUUCCAUCUCACCUCGUCUGCUGCCAAGUGCUGCUAUACGUCGUGGAUCUUCGAAUCGUUCGCCGAAGCUGCCUGCAUUGCAGUUUUUGGAUUACGGCGGGGUUGGGUUUGUGCUUUAACUGAGUAAUUCAUGUGUUGAUGUGAACUUCGGAUUUCUGAGGAGAAGCGGAUGCGGCUUCUCCCCUGGGUGCGCCGGAACCCUGGACAGCUCCGGCCAUUGCUCGACGGGGGCGUUUUGUUGGAGUCAGAGCAAAAAUCAAUUCCGACAAACCUUUCAUUUGUUCGUGAAUCUCUGGCUCUGGAGUCAGGAGAUGCUCGCCUUUAUUAUUCUUCAUCUGCUCACGCUGCUCCCUGCUAAUUUCGGGACUCCUUCUCAGCCUAUUUACUUAUCCCUAUCUUGGUUGCCGACCCUUCCAUCAUUGGCAGGGACGAAUUCGCCCAAACAUGUGAGCACAUCAUUUAGUCAAUUAAUUGAUUUCCGAAGGCGUCAUUUUCAGUAUUUACCAGCUGCACCAGCCCCAUCUCUUGCAUCAAAAAAAGGUCCAUUCUCUAGUCAUACUGUUAAUACCUUACCUCGGCAUCAUCACCACGACGAUAGGAUCAGACAUCAUGCAGUUCCACCUUCUCCUUCUACUAGACCAGAUUGUGGUCAAACUUGCCCCAAACUACUUAUUUCAGCUCCAUUUGGUUCACCGUGUGGUUGUGUAAUUCCGAUGAGAGUUGGACUUCUCCUAGGGGUAUCUGUCUAUGCUAUCUUCCCUGAGGUCAAUGAGCUGGAGAUUGAGGUUGCAGGGUAUUUAAAACAAAGCCAAGUGAGUAUAAUUGGUGCAAGUGUGGAUGAGCAAAAUCAGGAGAAAACAAUUAUCGAUAUUAAUUUAGUUCCACUGGGGGAGAAGUUUGAUAACACAACUGCUACCUUAACUUAUCAAAGACUUUUGCGAAAGAAAGUGCCUUUGAAUAGGACCCUCUUUGGAGACUAUAACGUCAUGUACAUUAGUUAUCCAGGAUUACCUCCUUCACCUCCAUCUGAAAGUGCAUCUGGCAAGGGCCCUAGCGGAAGCACUGGAAAUCAGCAAUACCCUAUUACUGCAGAUAUAGUUGGCAAAGAUCAAAAAAUGAGCCUUCUAAUGAUUUUUGUCAUUUCUUUGGCGGCUGUUGUGCUUUUGGUAGUAUGUUUUGCUAUAACUGCUGUCCUAUUGAACUGCAGAAAGUCUAACCCACCAUCAAACACUGUUGAAUCUGCAUUAGCUUCAUCUCUAAACAAAAGAUUUGGAAUAGGGUCUGAGCUAUCAAGCAGCCCAGCCAGCUCAACAUCGGUCUCCCUUGUCUCUGCCAUGCCUGCUUUUGUUCUUUCUGUUAAAUCAUUUUCCCUUGCAGAGGUCGAGAAAGCAACUGAAAGGUUCAGCCCUGAGAAGGUGUUGGGUGAAGGAGGAUUUGGACGUGUUUAUUAUGGUAUCAUGGAUAGUGGAACUGAGGUUGCUGUGAAAUUACUGACUAGGGAAAAUCAAAAUGGGGACCGGGGAUUCAUUGCUGAAAUUGAGAUGCUGAGCCGGUUGCAUCACAGGAAUCUUGUGAGAUUAAUUGGAAUAUGCAUUGAAAAACAGACACGCUGCUUGAUCUACGAGCUAGUCCCAAAUGGCAGUGUUGAGUCCCACUUGCAUGGUGUUGACAGGAGUAAGGGACCCUUAGACUGGGAUGUGCGAUUAAAAAUUGCGCUUGGUGCAGCAAGAGGAUUGGCUUAUCUUCAUGAAGAUUCUAAUCCUCAUGUUAUUCAUCGGGACUUUAAAGCAAGUAACAUUUUACUAGAAAAUGACUUUACCCCUAAGGUUUCAGAUUUUGGUCUGGCGCGGGAAGCAGCAGACAGAAGUCAGCACAUAUCUACAGAAGUCAUGGGAACCUUCGGAUACGUUGCUCCUGAAUAUGCAAUGACAGGACAUUUGCUUGUCAAAAGUGAUGUUUAUAGUUAUGGGGUUGUUCUACUAGAGCUGCUCUCAGGUAGGAAACCUGUUGACAUGUCCCAACAUCCUGGACAAGAGAACCUCGUGACUUCGGCGCGUCCUUUGCUGACUAAUCGAGAAGGUCUGCAUCAGCUAGUCGACCCCUCCAUGGCGGGGAGCUAUGAUUUUGAUGACAUGGCCAAGGUCGCUGCCAUCGCCUCCUUGUGCGUUCAGCCAGAGGUAACCCAUAGGCCAUUUAUGGGAGAGGUUGUUCAGGCCCUCAAACUCAUCUACAAUGAUAUAGAUGAGACGUGUGGAGAGGAUUAUAGUCAGAAGGGAUCCUCUGCCCACGACUCCGACUUCAAGGGCGACCCCACCCCGACCCAUCGCCUGACAUGCGGCGAAGCCUCCUCUUACAUAACGAUGGAGUAUACUUCGGGUUCUCCUUACGAGCUUCAUAAUAGGCCGGGUUUUGUUGAGGAUUGUGGUGCCUUGGCAACAAGGCACAGUAACAGAUUGGUACUCUCGAAGAUAAUCGAGUCUAAACGAGCUUUCUACACGUUACUGAGGAGCAUGAGUGAUCAUGGGGUGCUGCUGGCUAAACGAUAUGGUAGAGGGUAUGCGAGUAGUUUCUAAAAUAUACAGAAUUGGAGGACCAUGUGUUCCGGUAGUUCUACCAUACAAGGCACGUUUAGAUACAUCCGAAUGCAUUAUGCAUCCAUCCUAAUUAAAUCCCAAUUGUGAUUUAUAAUCCUUAAUAAGAGAUUUGUAAACUCUUCGGGGAUUAAUAAACCAUAAUUGAAAAUUGAUGAAUCCUAAUUGGAUUUAAUUAGGAUGGAUACACCAUACAUCUGGAUGCUUUACACACAUAUAUAGGUAUAAUUUGGUCACUUAGAACAGGGGAAGAAGCAUAAUGUGGCCCAUAGCUUCUAAUUUUGAUCCUUUCUUUCUUCUUUAUACUCUUGAUUGUUUUUUUGUUGUUGUUGGGUGGUCGGAGAAACAAUCUUAAAGUGAGUACUGAUGUUUGUAUGCAAAGAAAAUGGGUUAAAAUUUAA